CAAAGGAAGUGAGAGAGGGGCUGUUGCAAGAGGAACUGGGGCCAACAGUCUGAAGAAGGAAUAAGUGAAGAAGCAGGGCCAUGCCUGAGCCACCCCCCAGAAGCUCCUGAGCCUGCACCUCUGUCACUACCCACAGGAGCCCAGACACCAACCCUCACCAUGGGCAGCAAGGAGCGUUUUCACUGGCAGAGUCACAAUGUGAAGCAGAGCGGUGUGGAUGACAUGGUUCUGCUGCCCCAGAUCACUGAGGACGCCAUCGUGAGCAACCUCCGAAAGCGCUUCAUGGAUGACUACAUCUUCACAUAUAUUGGCUCAGUGCUUAUCUCUGUAAACCCCUUUAAGCAGAUGCCCUACUUCACUGACCGAGAAAUUGACCUCUACCAGGGCGCGGCUCAAUAUGAGAAUCCCCCGCACAUCUAUGCCCUCACCGACAACAUGUACCGGAAUAUGAUGAUCGACUGUGAGAACCAGUGUGUCAUUAUCAGUGGAGAGAGCGGAGCUGGGAAAACAGUGGCUGCUAAGUACAUCAUGGGCUACAUCUCCAAGGUGUCUGGCGGGGGUGAAAAGGUCCAGCACGUCAAAGACAUAAUCCUACAGUCAAACCCACUGCUUGAGGCCUUCGGCAAUGCCAAGACGGUGCGCAACAACAAUUCCAGCCGCUUUGGCAAGUACUUUGAGAUCCAGUUUAGCCGAGGCGGGGAACCAGAUGGAGGCAAGAUCUCCAACUUCCUGCUGGAGAAGUCUCGUGUGGUCAUGCAGAAUGAGAAUGAGAGGAAUUUCCACAUCUACUACCAGCUUCUGGAAGGGGCCUCCCAGGAGCAGCAGCAGAACCUAGGACUCAUGACACCAGACUACUAUUACUACCUCAACCAAUCAGACACCUACAAGGUAGAAGGCACUGAUGACCGGAGUGACUUCAAUGAGACCCUGAAUGCCAUGCAAGUCAUCGGAAUUCCUACUAGUGUGCAGCAGCUCGUCUUGCAGCUCGUGGCAGGAAUCUUGCACCUGGGGAACAUCAGCUUCUGUGAAGAAGGGAACUAUGCACGGGUGGAGAGUGCAGACCUCUUGGCCUUCCCAGCCUACCUGCUGGGAAUAGACAGUGGGCGGCUGCAAGAGAAGCUGACCAGCCGUAAGAUGGACAGCAAAUGGGGUGGACGAAGUGAGUCCAUUGAUGUGACCCUCAAUGUGGAACAGGCAACCUACACUCGUGAUGCACUGGCCAAGGGACUCUAUGCCCGCCUCUUCGACUUCCUGGUGGAGGCCAUCAACCGUGCUAUGCAGAAGCCUCAGGAAGAGUAUAGUAUCGGUGUCCUUGACAUCUACGGCUUUGAAAUCUUCCAGAAAAAUGGCUUUGAGCAGUUCUGCAUCAACUUCGUCAAUGAAAAGCUGCAACAGAUUUUUAUUGAGCUCACCCUGAAGGCGGAACAGGAGGAGUAUGUGCAGGAGGGCAUCCGCUGGACCCCCAUCGAAUACUUCAACAACAAAGUCGUGUGUGACCUCAUCGAAAACAAGCUGAACCCCCCAGGCAUCAUGAGCGUGCUAGAUGAUGUGUGCGCCACGAUGCACGCCACCGGCGGCGGCGCGGACCAGACGCUGCUGCAAAAGCUGCAAGCUGCAGUGGGCACACACGAACACUUCAACAGCUGGAGCGCGGGGUUCGUCAUCCAUCACUAUGCAGGCAAAGUCUCCUAUGAUGUCAGUGGCUUCUGUGAGAGGAAUCGAGACGUACUGUUCUCUGACCUUAUAGAACUGAUGCAGUCCAGUGACCAGGCCUUCCUACGGAUGCUUUUUCCUGAGAAGCUGGAUGUAGACAAGAAAGGCCGCCCCAGUACUGCUGGAUCCAAGAUCAAGAAACAAGCCAAUGACCUGGUGUCUACGCUAAAGAAGUGCACACCCCACUAUAUCCGCUGCAUCAAACCCAAUGAGACCAAGCGGCCCCGGGACUGGGAAGAGAGCAGGGUGAAGCACCAGGUGGAGUACUUGGGCCUGAGAGAGAACAUCCGGGUGCGAAGGGCAGGCUUUGCCUACCGUCGACAGUUCUCCAAGUUCUUGCAGAGGUAUGCCAUUCUGACCCCUGAGACAUGGCCACGGUGGCGUGGAGAUGAACGCCAGGGUGUCCAGCACCUGCUUCGUGCUGUCAACAUGGAGCCAGACCAGUACCAGAUGGGGAGUACCAAGGUCUUUGUUAAGAACCCAGAGUCGCUUUUCCUCCUGGAAGAGAUGCGAGAGAGAAAGUUUGACGGCUUUGCCCGCACCAUCCAGAAAGCCUGGCGGCGCCACAUAGCAGUCCGAAAGUAUGAGGAGAUGCGGGAAGAAGCUUCCAACAUCCUACUGAACAAGAAGGAACGCAGGCGAAACAGUAUCAACCGGAACUUCGUAGGGGACUAUCUGGGGCUGGAGGAGCGGCCUGAGUUACGCCAGUUCCUGGCCAAAAGGGAACGAGUGGACUUUGCCGACUCAGUCACCAAGUAUGACCGCCGUUUCAAGCCCAUCAAACGGGACUUGAUCCUGACCCCCAAGUGUGUGUAUGUAAUUGGGAGAGAGAAGGUCAAAAAGGGACCAGAGAAGGGUAUGGUUCAUGAAGUCCUGAAGAAGAAACUGGAGAUCCAGGCCCUUCGAGGGGUAUCCCUCAGCACCAGACAGGAUGACUUCUUCAUCCUCCAAGAAGAGGCUGCUGACAGCUUCUUGGAAAGUAUCUUCAAGACCGAAUUCGUCAGCCUUCUGUGCAAGCGCUUUGAAGAGGCAGCGCGCAGGCCCCUACCCCUCACCUUCAGCGACACACUACAGUUCCGGGUGAAGAAGGAAGGCUGGGGCGGAGGCAGUACCCGCAACGUCACCUUUUCCCGCGGGACAGGUGACCUGGCUGUGCUCAAAGCUGGGGGCCGAACUCUCACUGUAGGCAUUGGAGAUGGACUGCCUAAGAGCACCAAGCCUACACGGAAGGGGUUAGCGCAGGGAAGACCUCGAAGGUCAGCGCAGGCCCCUACUCGAGCAGCCCCUGGGCCCCCCAGAGGUAUGAAUCGAAAUGGGGUACCACCCUCUUCCAGGGCAGGGCCCCUACCCCUGGAGAUCACAUCUGGAAGGAGUUCCCAGAGGCCUCCCCGGGGCCCUCCAUCCUCAACCCUAGGAGCCAGCAGACGUCCCCGGGCACGGCCACCUUCAGAGCACAACACAGAAUUCCUCAAUGUGCCUGACCAGGGUGUAGCAGGCAUGCAAAGGAAGAGAAGCAUAGGGCAGAGACCUGUGCCAGGUGUGGGCCGGCCCAAGCCCCAACCACGGAUCCAUGGCCCAAGAUGCCGGGCACUGUACCAAUACAUAGGCCAAGAUGUGGAUGAGCUGAGCUUCAAUGUGAAUGAAGUAAUUGAGAUUCUCAUGGAAGAUUCCUCUGGCUGGUGGAAGGGCCGGCUGCAUGGCCAGGAAGGUCUCUUCCCAGGAAACUAUGUGGAGAAGAUCUGAUUGUCCAUCCACCUGCCUGUCUGCUUGACUGCCAGGGAGCCAAGCCCUGCAACUUGAAGCUUUGAUUACCCUGGCUGCACUGGCCAGAAUACUCAGGCCUAUGGCCUCUAGCCCAGUGAGGGCCCUGUGUGUGAAAGAUCACCACUGUCACACCCCAUGCCUGGUGCUUGACUCCCAUGGGUUGAAUCGCUGUCCAAGUCUCCAUUUCAUCAUGUGUCCGAUAGGAUUUGCUGCAGAACCUACCUCCCAGCUGCCUUGUGUGUAUGAAAUGAAUCAAAUCCUGCCCUGUGAGCAAAGUGCUGUGCACAGUCCAGGGUUAGGGGACUUUGACAAUCUGGCCUUUCUACCUUUCUGUCAUCACUGAGGCAAUAAAUGUAUCAGGUAAAA